AUGUCCUUCCAGCUCUUGGGCCUGUUUGUGGCAUUCGCCACCUCAGAAGCGGCAAAGAUGGUUCCCAUUCCGAACCAACAGGACAGCAUCGUGAAUCUGCUUGCCAACGUGCCGAAGCCUAGCGAGUCCAAGGCCAAGGCUACCGAGAUGGAGACGAUGGUCAUGCUGCUCGCACAGCAGGCAAAGCUUGCCCGAAAGCAGUCCCAGGGCGCUGACGGCAACGUGACGGAGUUGGUCACGCAGAUCAAAGCGGAGCUGAAGAAGAUGGAGGAGGAGGUUCUCAAGGCUGCGGGCGUGGCCGAUGGUGCCUGCCAAGAGUCCUUUGCAAACCUCUCCGUGGGUUGCCCGCUGUACUCUGGCAACACUACCUUCCUUCCAGAAGGCUUCACUGGCGACUUUAGCCCGCUCCGCUCGGCACACACUGCUUGCCGCACGGAGAUCGUUGGCAAGAAGCAGGAGCUGGAUGCCUGCAAGUCAAGUCGCGAGAGCCUCAUCUCUCUGGAACAGACGCUGACGACUGAGUUCUCAGGCAUUAACAUCUUUGAGAGCCCAGAGGAGUGCGCAGUCAAGGGAGACGACGUGCUGCUGUACCUGGGCUCCAUGCGUGACCACUUCAAGAACAAGCAGUUGGCAUGGUGGAAAACCUAUUACCGGCUGGAGAACGUGACGCAGAACAUCACCCAGUGGAACUGCACAGACAAGGAAAUCGAGUAUUUCGAGAAAAUUUCGGCUUGCCAGGCUGCGCAGCUGGAGCUUGAGGAGACCGCCUGCCAGGUGCAUGAGAGGACCAACGAGUCCUGUGCGUCUCUCCCCGCUUGCUAUGAAGCGAAGUGGUCCAACUACUUGAUCGAAGUGACGGCCUCCAACAAGACCAUCCAGGACCUCAAGUACGAGUACCGUGCCAUCAAGCGAAUCGGGUGCCUGCUGGAAGCCUUCUCAGCCGCCGAUAUGGAUGCAGCCAUCGAUGCGUGCAUCGCAGAGAGGCAUUCCGCUGCCGCAGUCAGGAGCCAAUGCGUGGACAGCCACGCAGGCAUCGAGAAGCCAAGUUUCGUGACGCCAGAGGUCUGCGCAGGAGGUCUUCAAUCCAUCCUGCAUCCUUCCGACCCCAACUUCAACGAGACUGAGUAUGCUGCCUAUGGAAUCGAGGCGAACAAGUGCCUGGCCUCGUGCUGUACCAUUGACUGGUACAGCUGGAGCACCUUCAACAAUGCCUUCGUGACACAGGACCACUACAUGGUCGACGCUGACACAGGUCGUGUGGCAGCGUUCGGAACUAUGGAAGAGGCCAAAUCCGCUUGCGAGAUGAUGGGCUCAGUGCUUUGCUUUGGCAUCUACGACACCAAGUGUGACGGCGCCUCUGAGGAGUCUCCGGUUAAGCUGAUCAAGGCCCCUGGCUUGGAUCUGGAAUCCGUCAAGGAGUCGAGCAUCGGCAGCUGCGUCCUUCGCAUGAAGCUAGGCUCCGAGACGACCGUGACGACCACCAUCGCCCAGUUCUGCAGCUACGAGGUGAACGUCUCCCGCACCGACGUGGACCCUUCCGCUGUCUGGAAGACCUACCACGUGGAGAAGCAGGAGUACGGUGAGGUGUUCAGAUUCAGCGGCUGCGCCAACGCUGAACUGGACGAGGCAGCUGAGUGCGUCGCCUCCGGCGUCUCCAACGGUGUGCGUGUGCUGAAGAACAGGCACGGCCAGGCUGUGGGAACUGGUGUUUGCUGCGCAUCUGCCACCAACACGGUGUUGACCACCACGCCUAUCCAGUGCGACGGAUUUGCGGACAACUACACGAAGUUUGAGAAGGUGUAUCUCCCGGCAACGAAGCUGAUCCGUGGAACGACUUACAGCAACAUGGCCUCCGCCAGGGAAGCUUGCCUUCGCAUGGGCCACAAGUGCUGGGGCAUCUUCGAUGACAAGUGCGACACCGUCAAUGUGAUGCUGGUGGAUGGUUACAUCGGAGUCACGGCGGGCACUUUCCGCAACUCUUCUCAGUCGUCCUGCAUCUUCCAGAAGGAAGCAGUCUGA